AGCGGUUGUGCGCGAGCGAGCGCGUCUCCACCGCGUCCGCGUCCUGCGCGCUCCACCGGCAGCGGCCCCGCAGCGGGAACCCGCGCAGACAAACCGGACCCGCACCCGCACCAACCGAUCAACCGGACCCUGCACCGCUCCCCCCCUGCACCCACCCGGGGAGGCAGCCGAGGACGGGAGGAGGAGGAGGAGGCGGAACAGCUAAUUAAACAGUUGCUUGAAGGGAAUGGAUGCGACAUGAUCAAGCUUGACUGGAGAUCAAAUUAUUUAUCAUUCAGCGAAACCUUUCUUGUGAUGAGUUUGUUUCUUUGGAGGCCUGUACCGAGUUGAAGGUUUGGAAGCAGAAAGGCAGGGAAUGGAUGAGUCGGUGCUGCUGGACUUGCUGGAGUGUCCCGUGUGCUUGGAGCGGCUGGACGCCACGGCCAAGGUGCUGCCGUGCCAGCACACCUUCUGCCGUCGCUGCCUGCAGGGGAUUCUGAGCUCCAGGAGUGAACUGCGCUGCCCGGAGUGCCGGACACUGGUGGACUGCGGGGUGGACGAGCUCCCGACUAACAUCCUGCUGGUUCGCUUGCUUGACGGCAUCAAGCACCGGCCGAGGAGGUCCGGCAACAGCGGCGUGAACGGCAAUAACAAUGUCAAUGGUACCACCAGAGUACAAAGCAACGGGGUCGUCUCUGCCAACUGCAGCAUUGCGUUGCGGGAUCUUCAGGGCACACACCGGGUGCAGGCACGUAGCCCUCCAGUCAGGGGUAUACCUCAACUACCGUGUGCCAAAGCUCUCUACAACUAUGAAGGAAAGGAGCCUGGUGAUCUCAAGUUCAAUAAAGGUGACGUUAUUAUCCUACGAAGACAAGUGGAUGAGAAUUGGUAUCAUGGGGAAGUCAAUGGUGUCCAUGGAUUUUUCCCCACCAAUUUUGUUCAGAUCAUUAAAUCGUUACCUCAGCCUCCGCCACAGUGCAAAGCACUUUAUGACUUUGAAGUGAAAGACAAGGAGGCAGACAAAGACUGCUUACCUUUCUCAAAGGAUGAUAUCUUGACAGUGAUACGCAGAGUGGAUGAAAACUGGGCUGAAGGAAUGUUGGGAGACAAGAUAGGAAUAUUCCCCAUUUCAUAUGUUGAGUUCAACUCAACAGCAAAGCAGUUGAUUCAGCUGGACAAACCUUCAGCCUCCCCGGCAGGAGGUGGCGAUUCAGGAGAAGGAAGCAGCAAUGCCUCGGGGGCAACUCAGAGCAACACUGGCCAGAAGCCCGCAGACAUCACCAAGAAGAACACCAAAAAACGGCAUUCGUUCACCUCACUCACCAUGUCCAACAAAGCAUCCCAGUCGUCUCAAAACCGCCACUCCAUGGAGAUCAGCCCCCCUGUCCUGAUAAGCUCCAGUAACCCGACUGCUGCCGCUCGCAUUAGUGAGUUGGGUGGACUCUCCUGCAGUGCUCCUUCUCAGGUCCACAUCAGCACUACUGGUUUAAUAGUCACACCACCACCCAGCAGUCCUGUCAAUACAGUACCUCCUUGUGCCUUCCCUCCAGAAGGCACCUACUCAGUUGCUCCCGGGGAGAACCACCCACCACCGCCACCUCCACCUCCUUCGAACGCUACUGUUACGACAUGUGCUUCAAGUUCCCCACGACCAUCUGUGGGAUCUGUGGACCAAGUGGCACAUCCAAGGCCUCAAGUGCGGCCAAAUAUGUAUGUUGCUUUGUAUCCUUACACACCACGGAAGGAAGAUGAGCUUGAGUUGCGAAAGGGUGAGGUAUUUCUGGUGCUUGAGCGUUGUCAAGAUGGAUGGUUCAAGGGAACGUCAAUGCACACAGGCAAAAUCGGUGUUUUUCCUGGGAACUACAUGGCUCCAGUAACAAGAACGCCUCCCGGAACAGGACAGUCAAAGUUGUCAGCAGUAGUAACUGCGCAGGUUGGGCGAGGUGUCACCACAGUUGUGCCUUUGCCGGCAGUAGUGUCUCAAUCCAAAAGCCCAGGAAAUGGCGUGGACUUCAGCAGACCCAUCAGUCCGACGCCUCCGCUCCCCACUGCAGUGAUAUCUGCAGCGCAUAUCCAGGCCACUAACCCACAGGCCAAAGUUCUGAUGCACAUGACUGGUCAAAUGACGGUGAACCAGGCUCGCAAUGCAGUUCGAACAGCCGUGGCCCAGGGCCAGGAGAGGCCGAUGGCCGCAGUGACCCCCAUGCAAACGCACAGCCCGGCCUCCACCAUCUCCACAACACCGGUUGCUCACCAUCAGACCGUCUCCUUGCAGCACACGCAGCAGGGCCUGCAGACCAUCCCUCCCUUCACAGUGGUCACAGCUCCCACCGCAGCCAGGAUGGGCGUGGUGCUCACCUCCGCCGCCUCCGCCAUCACUCCUCCCAAUGUCAGUGCCACCGCCCUAGAGGGAGAGCAGUUGGGGGUUGCCACUUGCGUUAUUCCAGCAGGCCCUGCUGCCGCUCCCCCCACAGCCACCGCCCCAUGCAAACUUGAGAAGGAGAGCAGAGAAAAGAAGGAAAAGAAAGGUUUCCUGAAACUCCUGUCUGGCGCGUCUACAAAGCGAAAGUCUCGACCCUCGCCUCCGUCCUCGCCCACGUUAGAGUCUGAACAGGCGGCUUCAGAGACAUUGCUGCAGGGAGCUGUGGGUCCAGACGUCUCUUCCAGUGUGAGCCACAGCAGAGCUGGGUCCUGCCCAGUGGACACGGAAACUAUCGGAGCAAUGUUCGAAACUCUCCACCGCAAGACCGCUUCUUUGGAUUCUGGCGUGCCCAUUGCCCCUCCUCCAAGGCAGCCCUGUUCAUCCAUGGGUUCAGUUCAGCUGGAAUCCAAGGCUAUACCCUGUGAAAGGUACAGAGUGGUCGUGUCCUACCCUCCGCAGAGCGAGGCUGAGCUGGAACUGAAGGAUGGUGACAUUGUAUUCGUGCACAAGAAGCGCGAGGAUGGUUGGUUCAAGGGGACCCUGCAGCGGAACGGGAAAACCGGCCUCUUCCCUGGCAGCUUUGUGGAGAGCAUCUGAGCCCGCCCGCUUAACAAAGCGCUCGCAUGCCACCAACACCCACCACGUUAGUAGAGCACACUCGCCAGUGCAAAACACCAACCAUCUCGCAAAAUAUUCCACGUCGGCAGCAGUAGUGCUUUAUAACUGCAGAAGGCACCGGCUGUUCGGACUUUUUACUUUUGAGUUUCCAGGCGUACAAGACCAGCGGUGACUGUGCGUGCCGGGAGUCAUUCACUGGAGAGCAGUUUGUGAGCUUCAUUACACUCCAGUCCUUAAAAGACACAAAGUGAUGGAGUAACUCAGCAGGUCAGUCAGGCAGCAUCUCUGGAGAAUAUGGAUCUGUGACUUUUCGGAUCGUGACCGAUAAGUUACCCCAGCACUUUGUCUUUUUUUUGUAAAGCUGCUGCAGUUCCUUGUGCCUCUAGUCCAGUCUAUGCCAGUCACCGCAACAGACUCUGUCAUCCGCUGUUUCUUCAUGGAAUCAAGGCAGCCACCCUACGCGCUGCCACUCGGAUCAAAUUCAACUGUUUACAACAAAGCUGUAAUUAAGACAAAACUUUGUAACUUAUUGGAUUAGAUUUUUUUAAUAGUCUUUUGAUCAUCAUGUAAAGUGAAAGUUCUAUAAUGUCAAGUGUUGAGAGUUGUGAUAAUUUAUAAGUGUUAUCUUCUGAGAGGGGGAGCUGGAUUUUCUCCUCGUGGUUCAGUUUGGCGUAGUACCUCUUCUACACAAAACACUCCCAUUUUAUCUACGUUGCUGAUUUGAGUAACUCUACAAGGAGCGUGUGUGUGGUGGGUGCAAGUGAAGCAGUUGUGUAGAUGGGACUCAGCGUCAGCCUGUCGUGCAAGUUUGUGACCCGGAUCAUUGUUCAGAUGGCACCAUGACGUUAGGGAAACCGCAAGCGGUAAUCCGAGUCGAUGGUGUAAGACCAGACUUUUUUUUAAUGAAAGCGAGGAAUCCUCCGCUCUGCAAAAUCCUUAAAUCCUCAACAGUGCAAAGCAUGCUGAUAGUGACCAAAGCCACCGAUUUGUGGCUCGCUCGAGAAAAAUGGACGGAAUGGAAAAUUGCAGUCGCCAAAACACUGUAAAAAUGUUGGGCAGCCUGGUUAGAUUACACUAUGGCUUAGACGCGGUAAAUCCAUUACUCACGGCCCUUCCCUUGACAAUGUGCAUGUUACGUAUAUUCAACAUGCCUAUAAUUGACUGUCGGAGGUUCAGCUCAGAAGGUUUGUAGUUGGAAAUCUCAGUCCCUCUUUGGGUGAUUUUUAAAAUAAUAUCUCUGAUUAGAAUCUUUACGUAAUCUUGGGGCCAACAUCCAUCUACAAAUCUACCUAGUUUUGGAUUUAAGUCUCACCUCGCAUCUUUUACCUCACCAACCGUAAACCUGCAGCGUAGCACUGGGGAGGAGCAAGGACUUGUCAAGAGUUUUAUUGUCAUCUGUCCCGAAAUGGAACAGUGACAUUCUAGUAUCAUGGUGGUACUCUUUCCAUUGUGUUGAGGCCAAGGUUUAAGGCAAGUAGGACCUUUCAUGAAGCCUCCACCAGGCUCCAUUAAACAUGCUGCACCCUUAUGUGCGUGGAGCCAACCAUUCUUUUAAAUCUUUUAGGCCUGCAUAGUAAAAAAAAACUGUGCACUUGAAUGAAAUGAGAUGAGUAAUUGUUGCAUAUCUAACUGGAUUAUUCUAUUUAAAUGUCUGAUAUCAUCUGAGUUAGGGGGCUGAUGGUCAGUAUUUCCUAUCGCAGAUUGAAACCAAUGUUGAUGAAUCUGGCGUUGGAACCAAUACUCUACAAAAACUAUAUGGGAGCAAUUAAUGCAAACCCAGAACCCGGAAUGUAGGAUUUUUCAAAACUACAACAUAAGCUAAUGGCUUUGUCUUGACAUGUCUAGCUCAUCAAUAAAGCACAGCCACUUAGUAUCUA